AUGAAGAUUCUGAUGAUCAAACUCAAAGCAAGAUUUUGGGAGAAGAUACUUUUGUUCAUGAUGAUGAUACGGUACAUACUUCUGAAGUCCCUCCUAAAAACUUCUAAACCAAUUUCAUCUGUAGAGAUUUCGAAAAGCUCAACUAUUUUAGCGACUCCACUUGAGCCUGAUGUUUUUGAAAAUAUCUUGAAAGAACCAAUCAUUAAUCUUUCUCAAACUCCACCACCACCUCCUCCAAUAUUAACUUCAGUUCUGAUCGAAUCUACCAUUCCUCCACUUUUGAAAUCCAUUUCUGAAAAAAAAAAUCUUCAUCUCAAACUACUUGGCCUUUUCAGAUUUCGAUCUUCACCGAUUCUACCACAUCUCCUUCAAUAUCACAAGCAUCUCCUAUCAAAGAUACGACACCAGAGGUUUCUACUUUUGAAUCUGAUAGAACCGCCAUCAACUUCUGAACCUCCUUUGUCUCCCAGUUCAGAUGAAGACUUUAUUAUGGGUGAUGAAUAUGAAUCUCUAGAAGGUUUUGAUGGGUUUUGA